AGAUCGAUCUAAGAUGGCGACUGUGGAACCGGAAACCACUCCUACUCCUAACCCCCCACCUACAGAAGAGGAGAAAACAGAAUCUAAUCAGGAGGUUGCUAACCCAGAACACUAUAUUAAACAUCCUCUACAAAACAGAUGGGCGCUGUGGUUUUUUAAAAAUGAUAAAAGCAAAACUUGGCAAGCAAACCUUCGACUGAUCUCCAAGUUUGAUACUGUUGAAGACUUUUGGGCUCUAUACAACCAUAUCCAGUUGUCUAGUAAUUUAAUGCCUGGAUGUGACUACUCACUUUUUAAGGAUGGUAUUGAGCCUAUGUGGGAAGAUGAGAAAAAUAAACGGGGAGGACGAUGGCUAAUUACAUUGAACAAACAGCAGAGACGAAGUGACCUGGAUCGCUUUUGGCUAGAGACACUGCUGUGCCUUAUUGGAGAAUCUUUCGACGACUACAGUGAUGAUGUAUGUGGAGCUGUUGUUAACGUUAGAGCUAAAGGCGAUAAGAUAGCAAUAUGGACUACUGAAUGUGAAAACAGAGAGGCUGUUACACACAUAGGGAGGGUAUACAAGGAAAGGUUAGGACUUCCUCCAAAGAUAGUGAUUGGUUAUCAGUCCCAUGCAGACACAGCUACUAAGAGCGGCUCCACCACUAAAAAUAGGUUUGUUGUUUAAGAAGACACCUUCUGAGUGUUCUCAUAGGAGACUGCGUCAAGCAAUCGAGAUUGGGAGCUGAACCAAAGCCUCAUCAAAGCAGAGUGGACUGCAUUUAAAUUUGAUUCCAUCUAAAUGUUACUAAGAUAUAAGAGAAGUCUCAUUCGCCUUUGUCUUGUACUUCUGUGUUCAUUUUUUUUUUAACUUUUGCUAGAGUGUCCACUAUACAAAUCAAAGAAUUACAGUACAUGUCAUCCCCAGAAUCUAUAAAUGUGUUCCUGGCUCACUCUGUAAAAGCCUAGUAGAAUUACCAUUACAAACACAUUUGCCCAUCCACAAUAUUCGAAAAGAACUUGAGUUUCUAUAACUUAAUAGGAAAAAAAAAAUCUGUUCCAUUUUAUGCAGGAGCAUAUUUUGCUGGUUUGAAAGAAUAUGAUGCAUACAGUUUUCUAGCAAUUUUCUUUGUUUCUUUUUACAGCAGUAUCUUUGCUGUACUCUUGCUGAUGGCUGCUAGAUUUUAAUUUAUUUGUUUCCCUACAUGAUAACAUUAGUGAUUCUGAUUUCAGUUUUUCAUUUGUUUUGCUUUUGUUUUUUCCUCAUGUAACAUUGGUGAAGGAUCCAGGAAUAUGACACAAAGGUGGAAUAAACAUUAAUUUUGUGCAUUCUUUGGUAACUUUUUUGUUUUUUGUAACUACAAAGCUUUGCUUCAAGUUUAUGCAUUUUAUUCAAAUCAGUGAUCUAUGUUUAUGUGAUUUCCUAAACAUAAUUGUGGAUUAUAAAAAAUGUAACAUCAUAAUUACAUUCCUAACUAGAAUUAGAAUGUCUGUUUUUGUACCUUUAUGCUGUAUUUUAACACUUUGUAUUACUUAGGUUAUUUUGCUUUGGUUAAAAAUGGCUCAAGUAGAGAAGCGGUCCCAUUCUUAUUAAGACAGUGUACAAAACUGUAAAUAAAAUGUGUACAGUCAAUUGUCUUUUAGACAAGUAGAUUUGUCCUUUUAUUUCUACAUCUCUAUAGAAGGAAUUUGUACUUGUUAUUGCAAGGCAGUCUCUAUUGUGUCUUCUCUUGUGUCUUCCAUAUGAACAGCAUAAGUUUGGAGCACUAGUUUAUUAUGUUUAUUACAAUUUUAAUAAAUUGCAUAGGUAGUAUCAUAUAUAUGGAAUUAAA